AUGAUGGCCACCGGCUCCGUUUCGCUUGCUCUUGCUGGGCUUGCCCUUGUCUCGGGUGCCAGUGCUGCUGCCAUUCGCACCGACGAGGGGUACACCACGGGCAUCAAGGCCCAACCCAUUAUUAUCGAGACGCCUGAGUCGUAUGGCGUUACCUGGAAGCAGACCAAGGUGCCCACCACCAACCAGCAGCAAGGUGCGCUGGGUGCUUCGGUGAGGGGUCACUUUCCUGUCAUGAGCCCCAACGAGACCAGCGUUGGCUGCGGACUCGAUUGGAGCCGUGGUCAGCUGCAUGCAGGUUUCAACGCCGGCGACGGCGGCAAUGGCGUCGGCGGUGGAUUCACCUGGCUUCCCAACGCUUUGAGCAGCGUCGUGGGCGUUCAUUUCAGGGACACCAAGGUGAACGUCAAUCUCACCAUCACCGACGACAACCAGGUCAUCUUUAGCGUUGACGGCAAGGAGCUCGACUGGAACAAGGUCAUCAGGGCUACCAAGACUCAGGACCCUAACGUUCCGGUUGGCCCCGAUGCCGGACCCGUGCAGUACGACCACGGCCACGCCUUCGCCAACGAUGUACCCGAGUACCAUUACCCCGACGGCAAGGAGAAGUCGACCAAGACCAAGAGGGCUGACCUUCCGUCUGGUCCGGAUGCUGGACCCGUUCAGUUCAGCGAUGGCCAUGCCUUUGCUGUGGAUGUACCCGAGUACCGCAAUGCCGAUGGCUCUGUUGCUCACUAG